UUUUUAACACAUGUGCCGUUUAAUAGACAAUAGUUAAAAAGGAAAAUGCGGAACUUAAAAUUAAAAUAUUCUCAACAAUUCAAUACCAACAUAAAGAACGCAAAAUUUUUACUUUUGAAUCCAAAUGUUGACGACAAAGCUAAUAACGAGCGUUUUGUAGUAACUUCAGAUAAGUUGUACUCCUUGCGUUUAAGAGAAAAUCAAUUACCGAAAGUUAUAAUUGAGGUCCCAAAUAUUGUUGAUGCAGAAUAUUUAGCUUUGGAUAAUGUGAUAUGCUUGGCUACGGGCGGUGGGGAAGUUUUGCUAGUAAAUCUGCAGACAUCGUCUGCCAGUGAGGGUACGUUUUGCGAUGUGGGCAUUGAGCGGAUGGUUUGGAGUCCGGACCAAGAUGUUGUUGUUUUUGUUACUCGUGAAUAUAACGUAGUAGCAAUGACUUACAACUUCGACGUACUUACUGAACACGCUUUGAAGGAAGUUGACGCUGAAGCGGAAAAUAAAUUUGUAAACGUUGGUUGGGGCAAGAAAGAGACUCAGUUUCAUGGCUCAGAAGGAAAACAAGCAGCCAAGAAGAAAUCAAAUGAAGAAUUGCAUGUUGUUAUCGAUCAAUUGCCACAGAAUAUUGAAAUCACUUGGCGUGCAGAUGGUGCUUACUUUGCAAUCUCGUAUGUUUGUUUAUCGCAAGGUCGUACCUUCAAAAUUUUCGAUAAAGAAGGUACUUUACAAUUUAAAGCUGAAAAGCAAUUUGGUUUAUUACCUUGUAUAGCGUGGAGACCAUCGGGCAAUUGGUUAGCUGUCCCUCAAAAGUUACCCAACAAAAGUGUGAUGGCUUUAUUUGAGAAAAAUGGUUUGCGCCAUCGCGAAAUAGUUUUAACAUUUGAUUUGGAAACGAAUCCCAUCAAGAACGUGAAAUGGAGUUCAGAUUCCGAAGUACUCUCCAUAGAAACAGCAAAAGGCUUUUAUAUAUACACCAUAAAUAAUUAUCAUUGGUAUUUGAAGCAAGUUUUAGCAUCCGAACAAUAUCAUGAAGUAAUCUUAUUUGAAUGGGAUCAGCGGAUCGAUGAGGAGAAAACUUGUCAUAUCAUGCUAAUUAAUGGUGAUUAUUUCACAUUUAAAUGGCAUUGGGUAGUCGAUGGUCAUAUGCCAUCCGGUUUAGUUACCGUUAUUGAUGGCCAACGUUUGCUGUUGACAAAUUUCUCAAAGGCUAUCAUCCCACCGCCGAUGUCUAAUCGUGAAUUGCAACUUGAAGGACAAUUUUAUAUUUCUUCAGUAAUAGUGAAGGCUGUAAAAGAUAUGAUUUAUCUAUGUAUGUAUGAUUCAGGACAUAAUUUGCACUUCUACGUGGCUGAAACAGAGUUACCAUUGCUAUUCAAAAAGAUUUGCGAAACGCCAUUCACAGCUACAAGUUCAGAAUCUUCAAUGCGUCUGAACUGCAUUCAAUGGUUUGAUUACAGUGAAGCGUUAAGUGUAAUUUUCAACCAUACCAAAGAAAAUACAACGUAUUUACAUAGAUUAACAGCGGAUGAAGAAGAUCAGCCAUAUUGCGAUUACAACGUUGAAGGCACAAUAAUUGCACUCGCAAAAUGUGAAACCAUAAAAAAUCAAUGGAUUUAUCAAACUUUAGAAGAUGGAGCACUGAAAACAUUAACUUUAGGAACGAGUUCUAUUAAAGGUACGCAGCUACAUGUGCAAUUGAAUUACAUCGCAGAGAAACUAGAAGUGAUUAGCAGAGAUAAUCAUACCGACUUCAUUUCCGUUGUUUUAACAACUAAUCGAUGUUUAUACGUUGAUAAGGAGUGUUUGGCAACGGAUGUAACUUCAUUUUGUCAAACUGGAAAUUAUUUGUUAUUUACUAAGUUGGCUUCUCUGCACUUUGUAAGGUUGGCAGAUUUACGUAUAAUAGAUGAACGUCGCUUGGAAAGGGGUUCAAAACUAGUGACAGCGAUUUCAGAAUUAGGUAGAGUCGUUUUACAAAUGCCACGUGGUAAUCUGGAAGUGAUCAAUCCUAGAGUCUUAUCUUUAGAGCUGAUUAAUGAUCUGUUAAAGCCGUCAAACCGUUAUUAUCGCUUAGCAUUUGACAUGUUACGUAAACAACGAAUCAAUUUAAAUAUCAUCUGCGAUCAUAAUAUAAAAGAUUUUCUUGAUAAUUUAGAUGUAUUUUUAAAGGAAAUACAAAAUCCGAAUUGGUUAAAUCUAUUCAUAAGUGAUCUACAAAACGAGGACUUCACCAAAACCAUGUACGCUAGUAGUUAUAAAGAAAAUUUGCAAAGCUAUCCUGGAGAUUUUCAGAUCGAAAACAAAGUAUCCUAUGUUUGCAAGGCUUUGUUAUCGCAUAUGGAAGCUUCUAGCGAGAAACGCUAUUGUCUACCAAUACUUACGGCCUAUGUUAAAAUGGAUCAAUUGGAAAAAGCUUUACUAUUAAUUUGGGAGGAAAAAAGGCGCCAUUGCUUUGAUGAGUCAGAAGAAACGGAGGAAGCAUUGAGAUAUCUCCUAUAUCUGGUAGAUGUUAAUGAAUUGUUCAACGUGGCUUUGGGAACAUACGAUUUCGGUUUAGUUUUAUUUGUUGCUAAGAAGUCGCAAAAAGACCCUAAAGAAUUUUUGGCUAUGCUCAAUGAGUGGAAAAAGUAUAAGAACGACAAUUAUUGCAAAUUUAAAAUUGAUGAAUAUCUAAAACGUUAUGAGAAAGCUAUACAGCACUUGGCCAAAUGCGGUGCAGAACAUUUUGAAGAAGGUUUAACGUUCAUCAAAAACAAAAAGCUCUUCAUUCAAGCUCUAGUAUUAUACAAACAUGAUAAUGAAAAGCAUAAAACCAUAUGUUUAGCCUAUGCUGACUAUCUUCGCGCUCAAAGUAAACUAGAAGAUGCCAGUAUUAUGUACGAAAGAGGGGGUAAUCUCGCGCAAGCCCUACAAAGUGCAAAACACAUAUUAAAUUGGCAAAGAGUGUUACUGUUGGCGAGAAAACUAAAAGAAGACAUGGCCGUUGUGGCGAAGUCUCUGAUCAAUCCCUUGGAAGAACAAGGAAAAUUUGAAGAAGCCUACGAUAUAUCCAAAGCAUACGGCAAUAAUUUUAAGCAAUCGCUUGAGAUCCUUGUUAGAGGCAAAAUUUUCCUUAAGGCUAUUUUUGAAGCUGAAAUGCGGGAUGACAGCCUUCUAGAUACGCUUAUUAAAAUGGAGUUGUUAUUACAUUGCAAUCAUUUAAUGGCAUCUUUAUUGUCUGAUAAAGAGUUGUUUCUCAGUUACAAGGAACGUUUAUUGGCAGUACGUGUAAAACGUUUAAAAAAAGUAGAGAUGCUUUAUGGUGAAGGUGCAAAUCAAACGCUUAUGAAUGACAAUGAUUUAUUAUCAGAUACCAGCAGUUUGUACUCUUCGCGUUAUACAACCAGCUCUCAAAAUACUCAAAACACUGGAAAAACUUUCCGCUCGAGUAAAAAUCGCAGAAAACAUGAACGUAAAUUGUUGAGUUUAAAGCCAGGCAAUCCAUUUGAAGAUAUUGCUCUUAUUGAUGCUCUGUACAAUCUUAUCGUAAAAUGUUUUAAUCAACAACAAAGUAUUCGUGAUACAUGCAAAGCUUUAAUAAUGCUUGUAGAUCACGACGCUGAGGCUAUUAAAUUGCAAAAACAAUUCAAGCAGUUAUUGACCGUAAUGCAGGAUUCAUUAGAUGAAAUUUGGAUACCUGAAAUAAGAACAACUUCUGAAUUUCUACAAGGACCCAAUAUCGAUUAUACUCAGCUGCAAAACGAACAGCGUUAUGCUAUGAUAGAUCCCUUGAAACGAUUUAAACCACAACUUAGUAUCAGCGAUUGGGAAUACGAAAUAUUGAAAGCAUAAUUUUAAUUUUCUUGUUAAAAAGCCAUAAUUACGAAAUUUUUUACCAUACGUUGUAGUUGAUUGCUCGUUAAAACAAGUGAGAAAGUUUUAUUCGGGUAGGCCCGAAUCUCGCAUACCCACCGCAAAUAUAAUCUUUGACGUCCCACGCUUUUGUUUAUGUUUAUAAAAAAAUGAAUGGGAUAAAAUUUAUAUGCAAUCUUCUUCAGAUUCUUAAGAAAAAUUUAAUCAUAAUUAACGUAGAGUUUUCAUACUUAGCUUGUCGACUUUUACUCUUCAAGUCCUUUUAUUUGACAUUCAUAUCGACGGUAUUGUGGUGAAAAAAUUAAAAUUUAAAAGGAUUAAUAAUUAAAAGGUCGUGUUGUCCAUCAUUUAUCUCAUGAUUAAUAUGCAUAAAAUCCCAAAAAAAAAGUGAAAAAAAACAAUUUAACCGCAGUGUGUGGGUAUAGAUGAUUCUUCCAAUUUUUACACAUAAAUAGUAGAAUUAUCCGUAAAGAAAAUGUAGAAAAUUUCAACCUUUUUUUUCUUUCU